AUGGGGCUUAUGCCGAGAGGCCUCACUACACACCGGCCUUCGGUCGGGGUGCUACCGUACCGCACACCACCGCUCUCAGGUCUCUACCGAAUGCGAUACAUCCCUCCCCCAGAAGUCGGCACCCUAUCUGAUCAUCCCCGUAGCCAGUGUAAUAGUGAGGAGGCUGAUGACGGUGUAUCUGGCCCAAUCGCUGCUUGCGGUCCCACCACGGAUCUGCUAGCACGAGCUGAUACGAGCUCCGCUGCCGCGCGCCAUGUGGAAGUUCAUACGCAGCUCCUCCGCGCGUCCUCGCUGAUGACUGGUGACGUUGAUUUGUUUUCGCUGUACUCCGUGUGCGAGGUGGAGCCCGUGCCGUGCAAGCACUGCACCUUACAAACGCAGACGACUCUUAACACGUGCUCGUACCGGCUCCGUCAGUCUUAUGCGCUACAGAAAAGAGACUCCGAUCCAUUACUGCAUGGACUCGUGAAAGAGUCAGAGACUUGCGAAGGAGUUCCCGCUCGAUUGGAAGCCGGAACUUCUCCAUUUAUUCGCAGCUUGCAGCAGGGCUGGUAUGUCUUUUUCUUCCCAAUAAGCGAAUGUGGACGCCUGAAGGACAAUUUACUGGUCUAUGUUGGCGACGCAUUGAUUCCUGGCGACGUGGCAGAAUGGAACCUGGCCAACGAUGGUUGUCUAAUACCACUCAAAACGGCAGCGACGGCGGCAGCACUGCCUGGCACAGUGCGCAAGCCUCCUGGGUGCACUACAACGGCGCCAGCAUCGAAGUCGAGCUCCAAAACCCAGCAGCGUUGGAAGUCCCUCUUUUACUACGUGGUUAGCCCUGUUCCCGUUCACUGGGGUACGAGAGAGUCGACAGAUGUGCACUUGACUAUCUCGUGGCGGAGCACCCCAGCCGUAUAUCCAGUACAUCGUCCGAAGAAAAAACACUUAACGCUUCUAUACUCUUACUACUGCUCGCCGCGGGCACCAGACAUCUUUACGUGCAAGGCGCAGUUUCCCAGCGACACCCGACUACGACUGGUGAGCAGCCCGAACUGCGACACCAAGGUACAGCUGCGCAGUGAUGUGACAGAGCACAGCGCGAAUGUGCGCGUGGAAACUAUGGACGGCAAGCCGCUAGAGCUACACCGACACACGCGCGACUACACCUUCGUACUGCAAUUUUUUUUUGGGAGCGACCUAGGCAUUCUGGAGGACACCAGCAUCUUUGCAGCUGCGGUGGUGGCGACUGUGUUUCUGCUCCUUCUGUGGCUCCUUCUCACAAAGGAUCUCGUCUUGUAA